AUGGAUGAAAAAAAGGGUUAUUUAAAUGAUUUCGUUAUUCUGGAAGGUGGUGAUAGUGAAGAUGAAGAAGAUAGUAAUAAUAAUAUGACAGCUAUAAGUGAUAUAUUUGGUCCAUAUACAUCAAUUAUUAAAAAAGUUGAAGUUUUAAUUAGUAAAAUGACAAGUUUAAGUUCAGUUGAAGCACCUACGGUAGCGAAAAAGAAAUCAGCAAAGGCGUUUUGGAGGGGAACUGUUUUCUCAAUGCUCUCUUAUCAUCGAUUUCGAAAUAGCAAGGAUGAAGACGAAGAAAAAGUAAGGUGGAUUGUUGCUGGUGCUAAUUCUGAGUUUCUUGAUGACAGAAAAGAUUGA